AUGCAAGACUCGGAAGGCUCCGAAUGCCAAGAUGGGGCAUCCACCCUGAGUAAUCCUGAGCCCAUCUAUGCCAAAUCUCUACAACAGCAGCAGCAGCAGAACCAGCAAUCCAAACAGCAGCAGCAACAGCAGAACCAACAACCCAAACAGCAACAGCAGAACCAACAACCCAAACAGCAACAGCAGAAUCCACAGCCCAAACAGCAGCAGCAGCAGCAGAACCAACAGCCCAAACAGCAGCAGCCCCAGCAGUCCCACCCCAAAGGCAGCAAUCGGGGUGGGGGCGGGGGUGGGAAAUCCUCAGCAGCCUGCCCAGCCUCCUCCUCUUCCUCCUUCUUUGGCAAGCUGGCAAAGGUUCUCAACUUUCUCUUCUACCUCACCCUCAUUGUCGGGGCCGGCUUCUCCGCCUGGUAUGUUCAUAACAUUUUGGAGGAAGUCCAUCAGAUCCGGCACCUGAAUGAGGGCUUCUCCAGGCAGAGAGAGGAGCUGGGUCAGGGCUUGCAAGGCGUCAUGCACAAGUUGCAGUCGCUGCAGUCUACAUUUGUGAGUUUUGAGUCCAUCUUGAAAAACUCCCAAAAUAAGCAAGAGCUGAUGGAGAAAGCGAUUAAGCAAGGGGAGAACGAGAUCAAUCGUAUCAUCGAAGUGCUGCAAAAAUUGCAGAACGAGAUCCUGAAGGACCUUUCCGAUGGCAUCCAUGUGGUCAAGGAUGCCAGGGAAAAGGAUUUCAACUCCCUGGAGUACACUGUGGAAGAGAAACUCACAGAGCUCACCAAGUCCAUCAAUGAGAACAUCGCCAUAUUCACAGACAUCCAAAAGAGGAGCCAGAAGGAGAUCAACGAGGUGAAAGCCAAGAUCUCUUCUCUGGAGGAGACCGAUUGGUACAAGCAUGACUUGAAGGCUCUGAGGGACGUGGUGGAUGGACUUCAGAGCUCAGUGAAGUCCAGAGAAAAGGAUAUCGAGUUCUCUGCGUGCCAAGAUCCCAUCUUUACCAUCAGACUAAAAGCUUUCCCAAAAACAAGAAUCAUGUUUCUCCAAUCAGAUUUGAAGUUUCCAAAGAGUCAAGUCUAUUCACUCCUUUCCAAUUAUUUCAUCAAUGUCCAGUCCUGGGCUUUGUCCCUAGAGAGCUCACUCCAUAGUGCUGAACUGACAGGGACUUUGUUUUUUAUUCACUAG